GGCCACUGCGUUUCAUAAUGUGGCUGAUUUUCGUAACAUAAAUCCGCCUCGAAUAUAGCACCGCAUGCCAGCCAAACACCAUGGGUGAAAGCCAACAAGAUUCUCCCGCCCUGUGCCCAGAGACAGGUCGUUGGAGUGGGCGGUUGGCCGUCCUCGUACUGUGGACCCACUACUUCAUCUGGGUAGGAAUCGUCAAAUCCCUGGCGAUGAUGCUGCCUGUGUUGAAGGACCAGUUUGAUUCAGAAACCUGGAUCAUUGGUUGGAUGAUCGCGAUUAUACAGGGCAUGAAUGGAAUGACAGGUCCAUUUUCCACGUCACUGAGGGACAAGUUUGGAGCAGCCUGGGUGGUCACUGUGUGCGGGGCUAUGAUAGCGGCGGCCGUUAUCACUGGUUCGUUCGUACGGACUGCACUCCAAGAAGGAAUGGUUUAUAUGCUAUUAGCAGGAGCGGGUUAUGGUGUAUCCAACGUUCUGACCAAGGAUGCUGUCGGCCGUCUGUUUGAUAAGAAUUACGCGACGGCUGUCGGCGUGGCCCGGACCGGCUACUCGGUGGCCCUCUUCGUGUUUGCGCCGCUCGUCCAGUUAUUCCUCGAUACGUACGGCUGGAGAGGGACCAUGCUACUGUUGGGAGGCAUCACCAUGCAUCUGGUGGCUUGUGGCGCCCUCUUGCGAAUUGCUGACAAACCAACCCAUCGUGAGGGCUAUCAAACGCUCAACUCCUCGCCAGAAACUAGCUCGGGACGCAACAACAUUUUGAUGUGGUGUGGAAGGUUUCUUAAAAGCAUCGUGAUGAAGCUGAACUUGGGUUUGUUGAGCAAGUUCAGUUACUGGUCGGUGUAUGUCAUUUAUGUCACCUCCAAGUACGCCUUCGACUCCUGGGUGAUCUAUUUUGUGUCACUGUCGCAAUCGUGUGGGCUGUCGCUGGAGGAUGCCGCGACGAUUGUGACGGUCGCUGGGGUCGGCAAUCUGCUAGCCAAAGUCGGACAAGGGAUCGUGACAGACAGAGGCAUCCUCCCUUAUUGGGUGCUGCUAGCCGUAGCUACUGCCGUUAGCGCAGCUGCAUUCUGCGCCACUCCCUGGUUGACCACGUAUUGGACGUUGAUGGCGUCUGCCUUGCUCAUUCUCAUCGCAGACGGUGUUGUUAGCUGUCUGAGUGACGUAUUGACCAAGCAAGUUUUUGGCGUGGAGUUGCUGGCUAGCGCUUACGGGUGGAUCGGGAUCCAAAACACGAUCUGCAGAUUCACUCUUGGUUUUAUUCCUGGUUUGAUCUUUGACACAACCGGAAGUUACAGCGCCGCCUUUGUUUUCAUCGGUUGUUUGCAGCUCAUAUCGUUGAGUCUUCUUUUUGCCCUGCGAUAUUUUCAACACGUCAAGUGAGCAGGGGACGUCGCUACCAACUUGAUUUUGUUUUUGGAGGGGGAGGGGUGAAAACGAAUUCAAUGACAGGCCAGCAUGGGUCUAUGAUAAUGCCAGCAGACAGUGGGGCGAUUGUUAUGUUAAACAAGACUUUGCCUUGAUAUCCAGAUAUCCAGUCUUCGCUAACCUGUGUAAAACAUAACUGCGAAAUUGAGCAAUCAACAGCUUAGUCUACUUUCUUAAUCGGAACGACGUCACAGGCUUUAAAGUCGACUCCGAUUGGCUGGCACGCGGGGGGGGGGUCGCAUAAAGUGUGACGCAAAUCAGACGCUGUUUAAGACGCUGUUUUGUUGAGUUGGGCUGUUAAUCUCACUUUUCAAGUUGGGGGAUGAUUUGAACAAUAGUAUUAUUCUCCGCAAUUGUCCUUUGAACGGUUCAUAUAUAGACUUAGACUCAACAUCCUGACACAGAGAAGUUAUGAUAUUCCCGUGACGUCGUUGUGACGCCAUCAGGUAUUACAAUAAUAGGUUUUUAACGUGAUUUUUGUUCAUUUAUAAAUCAUAAACUAAACGGGA